CGGGCUCUCGGAUCUCUACAUCCUGAUCUGAACACGGAAAAGCUUAAAUAAACAGUUUAAUUACACCGCGCAGCUCGGGUACGAGUCUCACUGAGCCAGGAGAUUUAGGAGACCGGAAAAAGGUAAACGUGUUUAGUGAAAGAGGAGAGAAGAACCCGAGAUAAGAUAAGAUAACGCGUCGUGUUUGUGUCGUAAGGCUCGGCUCGCUAAAUGUCCGCCACCGGCGCUUCUCCCGCCGCCUCCCCGGGCUCGCGACUCUCCGCUCCGGCCGCGGGCAUGUCGGUGUUCCGCUGGCUGGAGGUUCUGGAGAAGGAGUUCGAUAAGGCGUUCGUGGAUGUGGAUCUGCUGCUGGGGGAGAUCGACCCGGACCAGGCCGACAUCACGUACGAAGGCCGGCAGAAGAUGACCAGCCUGAGCUCGUGUUUCGCUCAGCUCUGCCAUAAAGCACAGACCGUCUUUCAGCUCAAUCAUAAACUCGAGGCUCAGCUGGUGGAUCUGAAGUCCGAGCUGACAGACGUGCAGGCGGAGAAGGUCGUGGUGGAGAAGGAGGUCCAUGAGCAGCUACUCCAGCUUCACGCUCUUCAGCUCCAGCUCCACGCCAAAGCGGGCCAGACCGUCGACUCCAGCUCCAUCAAAGACAGGAUGCCUGUUGCCUCCGUGGAGGACAUGGAGAAGGAACUGGAGGCCAGUAAGAAGGAGAAGGUGAAGGAGGUGAAGCUGGAAGCCGAGGUGAGGAUGCUGAAAAAGGAGAACGAGGCCCUGCGCAGACACAUCGCGGUCCUGCAGGCUGAGGUGUACGGAGCCAGACUGGCAGCCAAAUACCUGGACAAGGAGCUCGCUGGGAGGGUCCAGCAGAUUCAGUUAUUAGGUCGAGAUAUGAAGGGACCGGCGCAUGAUAAACUGUGGAACCAGCUGGAAGCUGAGAUUCAUUUGCACCGCCACAAAACGGUCAUCCGAGCCUGCAGAGGGCGCAAUGACCCAAAGAAGCCCUUGCCAUCACCUGCAGGACACGACCCAGAAUCUCUGAAGAAAACUCAAGGAGUCGGCCCUAUUCGCAAAGUGCUCCUGUCUAAAGAGGACCACGAGGGGCUCGGGAUCUCGAUCACAGGAGGCAAGGAGCAUGGAGUUCCCAUCCUGAUCUCGGAGAUCCACCCAGCACAGCCUGCAGAGCGAUGCGGGGGGCUGCAUGUGGGAGACGCCAUAUUAGCCGUCAACAACAUCAACCUAAGAGACGCCAAGCACAAGGAAGCAGUGACCAUCCUUUCUCAGCAGAGAGGCGAGAUCGAAUUCGAGGUGGUGUACGUGGCACCGGAGGUGGACUCAGAUGAUGAGAAUGUGGAGUACGAGGAUGAGACCGGGCAUCGUUAUCGGCUCUACCUGGACGAGCUGGAGGAGGGAACUGGCAGUAGCCAUGCCAAUGGCCCUGCUGAGUUGGCAUCAUCAUUACAAGUUGUGGAGAAACACCUGAUGGCGGACGGAGCCGAGAACGGCGACACGGGCAUCUCUAGCGAGAGUCCUUCUGAAGAGACGCCGUCCAAGACGGCUGAGUCUCCUCAGAACUCGUCCUGAAGAGCUGGGAGAGACAAGAGGGGCUCCGGACCCCCACUUACAGGGAGAAGCGCAGAAAGAGAGAGAGAGAGAGAUAAAGACUCCGGCUCUGUGACAUAGCUGUAACAUACCAAGAUGUGUGUGGGUUUUUUUUUUUUUUUUUUUUCUUUACAGACACACUUUCAGAGUCCACUGGAGAUCACACGAAAACAUGGAGAAGAAACGUGGAGAGGACAGUUUCUAACAUGGAAGUCGUACACAAGCAUGAUGUCUUCUAAAUUAACAUAAUUUACUCUGGUCAGGAAAAUGGCCGAGUGCGAUGUGUAUUUACAGAGAAACGCCUCCAGAUGGGAUGUGAUGGGUGGUCUUUUUUUGUUUUGUUUAUUUUUCCUAUUUUAUAUCAUUUGUGUGCAGAUACUGAUCCCCAGGAGAUAAAUUCGACCUGAGCACUGACACAGUAGUGGGAUAUAAAUCUAAAAUAAUUUUUUUUCUGUAAAUUAAUUGGAUAGAGAAAAGAGAUGAUGUUAGUAUAUAUAAUAAUCAUUAUUAAAUGUAAGGGUAACUCCACUUCAAAUCACCACCUGAAUGGGAGCCCAGGCAUGCAUAUUUACCAAUUUAUGUCCUGCUAAAACUAUUUAAAAAAUAUUUUUUUUAUUAUUAACAAAGGUACAAACCUGUUCAAGUCAAACCGGGACUUUUGAUUGUGCAAAAUAGCAGAACACAGUUAUGAGAGUAAAAACUACCCAUUUUCUUUACACUAAUGCACUUAUCCCAGCAUUUCACUCCUGUUGGGAUAUCAUUAAGGGAGAACGUUUUCCCAAGCCUUAAUCAGACUGCCGUCUUUUUUGAAUUCCUGCCCUCCCAGGAACUCCUUUUACAUUGGCCCAAAUGGCCCAAACUUAUGGAAAUGGCUUGUGGUCAGGUCGUGGCCAUCAAGUUCUUAUACUGUACAAGUGGUGUUCCUGAAUGAUAGUGUGUGUCUUCCGCGAGUUGGUGAUAAGUUAUCCGUUGGUUUUCAAGGAUCAGGUGUUCUAACGACUGACGAUCCAGGCCGAGGUGGCUGCAAUCGUUUCUGUGAGUCUCAUCACAUUACUUGAAGUUUUUCUAUAAAUGUUAAUCGGUCUUAUGCCUUCAUUCACCAGAUUCCUGGUUUGACUCGAACACUUAAUAUAAUAAAAAAAAUGUAUGAAAUGUGCCAUGCUUUACUUUAUUCCCUGAAUUGGUAUAUUUGCAGCUGUGGACAUUUACUUUUAGAAACUUGUACUAGACACAACAAUUCUUGUAUAUGUCGUUCAUCUAGCGUAUUUACUUAAAAUGUUAACUUUGCUGCAGUUUGUACAAUGGAGCCAAAACCCCAUUUUAAAGCUUCAGUAUCUUAAACUAACGGUCAGUCGGGUCGUCUCUGAUGAUUUCAGAUCGACUGACCCAUGAUUGAUUUUGUUGUUUUGUUUCAAUCAUGUCAUUUUGACGUCUUCCUUUUUUUUUUUUUUUUUUUUUUUGGAAAUGGUGUUGUUUCUUGUUGUAACACAGAAGGGUUGGUGGAAUGGUAUUAUUAUUCAGCCUAGAUAAUGUGGAUUUUUUUUUUUUGUGGUUUACUUUAAAUAUCAAUGGUAAGGGUUCUGCUAAAAGAAUACACAAUUUUAACAAGAUUAGACCUGUCCUUGCAAUAAGGUCUUUCUACUUUACCAUCAUAGGCAUUUCUGUUCCCAACUAAAAUCCAGAUUGUUUUGCAUAAGCAAAGUUGUUACAAUGAGAGAAUUGAUGAUCACAUCUGAGUGGCAUCUGGGGGCGGGGGACCUUCACCUAGUCAAAUUUUUAUGUCAGACAUUUUGAGGUCCAAAGAGAUUUAAACAUGUGCAUGUAUGUUUAUUGGCGGUGUUUUACUAUCCACCAUUGCUUUAGCUAGCUAGGUCAUAGACAACGUAAAACACACACACUGUCUGUCGCAGGAGGUUAACCAAGGCAAGGUGAGAAUGAAAAUAUGAACAUUUUCAAAUAAACAUUUUGCUUUUCUUAAAGCAUAAGCAUAAAAGUAGAAGAAACGGUUUGGAUUAAAACCAGAUUUAUGAUGUGGUCUGUUUUCCACAAAUGCACAUCUCUAUUUCGGAAAAUAUCUUAAAUAAAAAUUCUUAUAACAAAAUUAAUAA